AUGCCAACCCACAGUAAUUCACACCAAGCAUGUUCUUCGAACGUAACCACAAAAUCAGAGCAUAAUCCAAAAUAUGGGACAAAAGUGUGUGCUACUGAAAUUUCUUUUCACAAUCCUUCUGAGGCCAUUACUUCGACGAAGUAUGACGUUGACGAAACGUUGGACAUCAAGGAUGAAAUUAUCAAAGAUGUAGAGACGAAAGAAGUAACAGGCCAAAGAUUUAACAAAAAAUAUGAGUCAGAAGUACGCAGUGUAGAUUUAGGAGAAGAUAGUUUAGCUGGUAACAUGAAGCAGCUGAGUCAAAAGCAGCAGGAAAUGAAGAAUUUAGAAACCGAAAUUAAAUACAAAUGCAAAAAGUGUGCGCGAAGCUAUAAAGAUAACAGACAUUUGACUUUUCAUCGAAAAUACGAAUGCGACGUCACGCGACAGUUCACGUGUAACUUCUGCGGUAAACUAUUCAAACGGAAAGCUCACAUGAAUGCUCACGUGGAUAUGGUGCAUCUCAAAUCAAACUCAAAAAGAACUAAAGCGAAGUAUACUUGUAACUAUUGUACGCGGAGUUACAAAUACUUACGAAGUUUGAAUCGACAUAAACGUGAAGUGCAUGCAGGAAUCAAACGACAAUUUAUUUGCGACUAUUGCGGACACAUAGCGAGUCAGAAAAAUAACUUGGGAACACACAUCAAUUCUCGCCAUCUCAAGUGAUUUACUAGGCGAAAAAUUAAUCCUUAAAAUAUUUAUCUUACUAGAUGUUAUCUCACGGCGUCAGAAAAUAAAUUAAUAUAACUAUCAAACGGCGCCUAGUAUUUACAAAUAGUUAGAGCAUACAACAGACAAGCCACAUUCUCUGCGAUAUUUUGGGUCUAGAUCAUUAUCAUGCCAACUCACGGCAAUUCACGUUUGUCAGAACUUUGUAGUUCACAUAAAAUUGUGAAAAAUUAGUGGUGUGAUUAAAAUUAUCAAUGUGACUAGACGCAGUGAUAUUUUCUUGACCCCCACAAGAUGUUGGGAAGGGUUAGGUUUAUGCUCUAUAUUAUUUCUGUGAUUAAUUACACAGGUAUUUUUUCGCACUUUUUUCAGUUUUAUUUAGACUUCAAUGUUUUUCCAAUGUGACUUACCGAAAUGUAACUUGCCGGGGGUUCGCAUGACUCAACCCCGUCAUUUGUAGUCAUACAGCGAAAGAAAAUGUUAGAGAUAAAAAAUCUAUCUUCUGUUCACACAUCUAUGCUACCGAUCAAUAUAACUAUUAAUAAUAAAGUAUAUGUAUCCUCCUAAAACUAAGCAGCAGCCAAAAAUAUGUACAUUCCAUUCAUUCACAUUAAACUUGAAAAAAGACAAAA